AUGAAGUCUAUCUCUAUGAGCAGCCCUCUGCUUUUCUUGCUGGUCCUUUGCUUGUCCACAUUCGGUCUUGUUUCUGCAGCUCCGCUGAGGGAGUACGAGUACUGGGCGCGCUCAGACCCGUAUGCUGAGGCAUACUACAAGGCUAGAGAGUGGGCCGAGUAUCCGACGUUCGCGGUGCGAGCCUCAAACCCUGCGCCGCCGGCCAAACCGCCAACUCUCAACUUCAAAUGGAGUAAGAAUGCUGAGGACAAUCUGAAGUCGCAGACAGCAGAAGAAUUUCAUGGACAGGACCCGAAGACAGCCCAAGAAAACAUAGUGAAGGAUUACUGGCAGCGUACAGCCGCUGUCGCGCACGCCACCACCGCCAAGAUCAUCCGAGCUGCACACAAGGGUGGAACCGACCCCACUGAGCCUGACCACAUCACUGUCGGGUUCAAGGAUGCGAAGAAAAACGAGUUUAGUGGAUAUGCGUACCAUGUGUACACGGGCCGCACGUAA